UUCACAUUUCAUGUUGUCUCUUCUGUUUCUUCCUUUUACUGAAUUUUCUCAAUCUUCCUCCACUUUUUAUACUUUCUAAGUUUUAAUCAUUGAGUUUAAAAACCACAUGUGUGCAUAUUUCGUUAUUUUCUCUUUGAUUUCUGGAAUGAGUUUUUUUAUCUCUACUAGAGGAUCCAUGACCUUAAUUUUCUUAAAGUAUUUCUGAGUUCCUGGCGCUAAGAACAAUUCAGUAAUGUAAUCUUAAUCUAGAUAAUUUACUUUGUGUCAACAACUUUGUGCAGUUGGUAAUUUUUUGUUUGGAGGAGCUUUAGAGUAGGGGAUAUUAUAGGAGUCUUAGUCUCCUGUCCCUCAUUUGCAAACUGUCGCACCAUGGCAUUCUUAUUCUGUUUAAGCACUUUCAACAUUUUAUGAAAUUCCACCAAACAGCUUUUCAAGAGUUUUAAAUUCAGUCUCACCUUGAACAGAGCAGUUAUGAAGGAAUGUCUUCAAGAAAUCCCACCCGAAAAACAAGAGAACGUCUCAAAAGUCUACAUGAAACAUGGGUCAGUUUUUCACCGAAGAAUCAAAAUGUGGAGAUCUGGACAGAUGAGCAGGCUGAUCUGUCUGAGGGAGAGGUUCCUGUUUCCAUGGCGCCGUACAUCCAAGCUUACCUAGCAUACAACACUCGCAUUCAUUGUUGCGGUUUGUUUCUGUUCCCGGCUCCUUUUGAAAGAGCCUCCUCGUCCUCAUGGCUGAACCCUAAAUUUGAUUCUGAAGUGCUCGAGGAACAGUAUAGGAGGAGUGCCUUACCCCAGAUCAAACUACGUUUUCGUUAUGCUUUGAUGUAUAUAAUUGCAGUCUUGCUAUCAUGGAGCCUAUACUUGUUCCUCAUUGUUGAGCAUAGAAGCUCCACCGUGCUCUUCAUCUCGGCUUUUAUCGGGUUUGCUAUUGCGACAUGUUUUACUUUGGUAUUAACCAGAGCCAAGUAUUAUCACCGCUUCAAGUCUCAGCUGUACCAUGCCACCUCGAUCCUGAUGUUUCUGCUGGUCUGCCUCUCAUUGCUCAUGGUCUCACAAUCUGUAGCCUCACCCAUCGGUCAGCUUUGCCUUUGUUUGGAAAUUCUGAUGAUAAUUUACACCGUCAUUCCGUUCCCGCUGUACUUAUGCUUCGGGUUUGGGGCUAUGUACUCUGCAGCCUUUGAGUAUUUGCUCCAGAACGAUUUGAGUGGUCUCCCGGUGCGCAUCUUGUCACACAUCUGCAUUCAUCUAAUUGGAAUCCAUAUCUUAAUCAUGACAAAUGUUAGAAUGCGCGGCACGUUCAUGAAAGUUGGACAGUCACUCCUCGUCCGAAAACAGCUAGAAAUGGAGAAACAGCUGAAGGAGAAAAUGAUCCAUUCCGUAAUGCCACCGAAAGUUGCAGAGUGGCUCAUGUCAAAUGAAGCAUGCGGAGGUGGAACUUUAAGCACUGAAGAUGCACGUGGAUCUUUAAGUCAAACCAACGAUAUCAGAUCUAUUUUUCGUCCAUUUAUAAUGAAUCGAAUGGAGAAUGUGAGCAUUUUAUUUGCGGACAUAGUUGGUUUUACACAAAUGAGCUCAACAAAAACUGCAGAACAGCUCGUAUCUAUUUUGAACAAUUUAUUUGAACGCUUUGAUGAGAUAUGUGAGAUUAGUGGCUGUGAAAAGAUUUCAACCCUAGGUGAUUGUUACUACUGCGUAUCAGGUUGUCCAGAACCCCGGCCAGAUCAUGCCUCUUGCUGCAUUGAAAUGGGCCUCGGAAUGAUUGUAAGCAUCAAUGAAUUUGUUGAAAAGAGUGGUGAGAAAGUGAACAUGAGAGUUGGUGUGCACACUGGUUCAGUUCUUUGCGGCAUUGUAGGUACGAAACGGUUUAAGUUUGAUGUCUGGUCUAAUGAUGUUUCCUUUGCUAACAAAAUGGAGACAACCGGAGAGCCGGGGCGGGUGCAUUUAUCUCAACAGACAAGGGAUUUUUUAGAAGAUCAAUACACUUUUCAGCUUGGAUCUAUAAUUGAUGGUAUCCAAACCUAUUUUAUCUUAGAAAAGAAAGGAGUCGUAACGCAAGAGUUGCCUCGCAGUGAGGUUGAGUCACCAGAGGCCUCCUCUAGUCAAAAAUGCAUCUCCUUUUCCCCUACUGAUCACCACUCCUUCGAGACUCCCCUGCUUUCUGUCUCCUGCGACAGUCUCCCAGUCCCCAAAACCAUAGUUCCUGCCUCAACUUACAUCCUUUCUAAGCAUUUGUCUUUCAAAAACAUCGGUACUGCCGAGACAUGUAGUGAACUUAAAAAUAUACACGCACAUACCAACACACGCCCAUCAUUUAAACAAGAAGAGUCCACCAUCCAGCAGUCUCAGCACCCAGUGCUUUUUUCAUCACAAAAUAAUUUGUCCGUUUGUAAUACUCACAUUCCUAGCAAAAAAGUGCAAGUUUCAACUUUGCAGUGGAUUAAAGCCACCUCCGUUCCUAAUAAUCUUCAUAAAAGAACAAACCUGAACAGUUGCAUGUGUGGCUCUAGCGACCAUUUUGCCGAUAAACCGAAGCAACUUCCUGUCCUCUUUGGAGGAUCAUCAAAUCGUUGGCAAUAUUGCAAACUAAAACUUGGAGCUCCAGGUGACAAAGUUGAGGGAGGACUACAAUUGUCAUUAACUGAUAGCAAUGAUGAGAAGAAUGAAAAUAUAUCAGAAUUGGUCACCAGAAAAGACUUAUCAGGUGAUAACAGUAGAGUGGAAACAUCGCCAAGAAUGGAUGACCAACUAAGCAUGUGUCAAUCAUCAAAUAGCCGUAAAGAUUCUGGAAUCAGAAGUAACAGUCGUAGAAGUAGCAUUUUACAACAUAUAUUCGCAACUCCGUCCAGCGAGUGCCAACGAGUCAGCGGUUAUUACACUUCAAGUCAGUCCUCUUUGAACCUUGGUUACGAGAGAUCAGGGAAAUUACCUCCACCGGAGGCUGUCAGUGAGCAUUUUGGGGUAUGUUUUCAACACAUUAGGAAGCAGUCAGAUUUGCAACUCAUCAGAUGUGUUCAGGCAAAUAGCGCUUCGCGGGGGAGCUAUUUUGUGAAACCCCCUCUAUCGCCAUUCUCCCUUUUUUUCACUGAACGGAGUAUGGAACUGGAGUAUCGGAAGAAGUCUCACCGAGAACCGGUUGAAAGUCACCAACCAUUUGGCGCAGAACCUGUUGCAGAACCACCCACCCUUGCUACUCCUCGAUUCAACACCUAUUUAGAUAUUAUCAUCUCAUUAUUGGUAUUUAUGGCGGUGUCAUGUUCACUAUUUCUUUUGUGGGACAUAUCUGCAGUGUGGCUAGCGGUUUUCAUCUUCGCAUCAAUAUCCCAGAUCAUCACAGUCAUUGUCUGUUUACGCUCUAUUAUUCUAGCCUCCACUGAUUGGUUUCUUGACUGGUAUUCCUGGCACUUUUGCGGUGCGAUUCUUGUGAGCCUCCCUGUCAUCUCAGUUCUCGUGAAUUUCCCCUCAAAUUUCCCUGGAGAUUUCACAUUGUAUUCGAUCCAGCAUUACUGCUAUAUUUUCUUCAUUAGUCUCAUUCAUUUCUGCAAUUUCACACAGCUGAACUGUUGGAUGAAAAGCACCAUUGCAACUGUUGCUGCAGUGUGGUUCUUGAUCUUAAUUGAAACAAAGAGUCCCGCAGCUUUAUCUCUCAGCGCUGUAAAUCAGUCAAUUUUCCUGGAUAAAAGCAAUUUCUUUGUCGUUUUAGAUAAACCUGAAGUUCGGGGAGUUGCUAACAUCUCUACAUUAACCCAAAGUCACAUCUUUGCUGACUCAGGCAUCCCAGUUGUAGUGAGAAAAGAUUCAAAAUCAUUCGGUAGUAUUAAGAAAUCUAAAACAAGUUCCUCUUCUGAUUUGAAGCAAGGCUUGGAAGCUCGUUUCAAACGAGCCAAAGAUCCAGAGAGUAAUGAAGGGCCUAGAAUCUUUAAUUUCAAUCUUGUUUAUUCUAGAGUUCGCCCAAAUAGUUCGGCAGAAAGUCUCUCAAAAGAAUUUAAAGUUGUUCUGUCAAAUCGCACCAAGCCCUCUGGCACACAAGAAGCGGCCUCUAUGAGGUUCAAAAGAAUGAAUGCUGUGAAGCAGAAUGGUAUCAAAGAAUUCACUAAGAGUGAAGAAAUAUUGGAGUUGAGCCAGUUCUACUGCCACGAAAUUUACCUAGAUAUAGCUCUCUUGCUUCUUUUGAUCUGGUUCCUAAAUCGUGAGUUUGAGAUCAGCUAUCGCCUAAGUUUCUAUGGCAACAUAGUUGCGGCAAAGGAUAAAGCUCAUGUUCAGUCAAUGCGGGACCAAGCAGACUGGUUGCUGCAUAAUAUCAUUCCACGACAUGUCGCAGACCAUCUGAAGCACACUGCUCGUUAUUCAGAAAAUGUACAGAAUGCAGGAGUCGUGUUUGCAAGUUUAGUCAAUUUCAGCGAAAUGUACGACGAAGCAUACUUGGGUGGCCGGGAGUGUCUCAGAGUAUUAAAUGAAUUGAUAAGUGAUUUUGAUGAACUUUUAAACGGUGACAAAUAUCCAACUGUGGAAAAAAUCAAAACCAUCGGAAGUACAUUCAUGGCUGCAUCAGGUCUAAAUUCGCAAGUUCGGAAAUCGGACACCAAUGAUCACUUGUUCGAGCUCAUGGAUUUCGCCAUCGCUCUUCAACAAGUUGUCGAAUCUUUCAAUCGUGAUCUGCUCUCUUUCAAUUUGAUUCUUAGAAUCGGAUACAACUAUGGAGAUGUAACAGCAGGUGUAAUCGGAACAACGAAACUCCACUACGACAUUUGGGGCGAUCCGGUGAACAUUGCCAGUCGAAUGGAUUCAACGGGCGUUCCUGGCCGGAUUCAAGUUCCUAGUACAUGCCUACACGUUCUUCUCUCUCCUCGAUACCAAUUUGAACCGCGAGGGCAGGUGUUCGUUAAAGGCAAAAACAACAUGUACGUCUACUUGUUGGCCAAACCUGAGUGAUCCUUUCAUUAUAACUGUGAUGCGUGUUUGAUUUCCUAUUUAAUUCAUUCGAACAGUAGCUUGUAGCAUUUUGUAGCAUGGACUUGAAAUUAUCAGGUGAGUUUUGAGGUAAGCCAAAAGUCCCAUUAAUUGAUCAGUCUCCCACCAAACCUCAUCAGUGAAUAGAAUCAUAUCAAAUCUCACUUGAAACUAUUUCUUGUUCAAUUGCCCUAAUAAGUAAUUUACAAGUUUUGAAGAGCCCAUGCUCAACCACUUUUUAAUAACCGUAGAUUUUAAUUUUCAUUCAUCACAUUUAUCUUUGGAAAAACUUGUCCUAUUUAAUUUCUAUAACUUGAAUUUCAAGAUACCAUAUGUUCAUGAGAAAAUGUCACCAAUCACUAAGUGCAUAUUGCUUUUAUCUUAGUGCCUAACAUUCAGUACUUAAAAUUAUUCGGUGCUAAUUACUGAUAAUUUUUAACCAGCAAGAAUAUAAUGAGUGCGUGUUUAUUUGUAUGCCCAUUUUGAAAGAAAUCUUAGAUCAAUCAUGCACAUUUAAUGGUUCCUUACAACAUGCAUUCAUUAUGAAACCAGAAAAACAUGCACCUGGAUUGCUAUUUGCCAAAACUUCCUCUCUUAUUUUAUUUUAUCAUAGGAGUAUCAAUAUUUUUGGCAUGAAACUUUCAGAGAAUAUUCUGGGAAGAAAAAAAAAUUGUCUCUAAAUUUUAUGCAAUGACGUUCGCUGGCUAUCCUUCAAUAGAGUGGAAUAAAAUACAUUCUCACAUAUGAAAAUAUGCAGUGUUUGAAACAGAAAUAUGUGUUUUUCUAGUCGCACCAUUCUCAUGUUUUUUUGUUUUGUUAAAUCUUUAAAUGAACAUUUCCAAUCAAAACAAAAUCUUUUCAAGCUUUCUUGGUUAUUCAUUCAAUUGCGCAUUUUUAUUUCUUGAGCAACUAGUUUAUUAUUUAAAUUUAUUUUUUUAAAAUAUCUCCUUCUUUGGACCUUUAUACAUUUUAUAAUUGUUUUAUAUGUUUCUUCUCGAAACUUCUCUUGAAUUAUGUGAUUUUAAUGUGCCUAAAAAGCUUUACUGUGUCUUAAAGGGUCUGCUGUAUUCAGUUUCACCUGAAUUCAUAAGUAUAUGGUUUGCCAAUUUUAUUGUAAGAUCUAUUUUCAACAUCAAAUUUGUUUUUGUCAUGAUAAAUUAAAUUCUGAGGGAUAAAACUCUUCCUUUACAAAAGACCUCUCUAGUCACGGGACAAAACCCAGUCAUCAAGAGAAUAUUAUAAAACAAAACUGUAGAAAAAAUAUCAUCUGAAAGUGAUACAAGAUCAAUUCACUCCCACUUAUUUCUCUACAGGGUGGCCCAGAUCUGCCGUACCAGGGCCUUUUUUGUUCAUUUAGGUUGUACGAGAUCCAGGACUGCGGGUACAAACAGAGACCCGACCCCAAGGAAUCUGAAUUUCUUGGUCCUAGGGCCCCCCUCCCCCCUCUCGACCUCUUGUAUGAUUAAAGGGGGGUCGUACUUCAGAAGUCAGGGUUUAUGGCAAAAUUUUGAAUUUAUUUCAUCAGAAUCAGUAAGUAUGGAAAUUUUUAACCUUUAUCAAUACCAAGAAAUCAAAAAUCGGCCCUUCCAUGUCCAAAA